UGAAAAUUCGCUCAAUGGGUGUGUUAGUGGCUUCCUGAUCAAAAAUGAUUCUACACCCGUGAUCAUUGGUAUAAAAGACACGGAUCAUUUUCGGGAACAUCAUACCACAGAGUUAAGUCUUCCAGUUCACUUGAGCUCACACAAAACUCCAAAAAACCUACAAAAAUGUUCAAGCUUUUCGUGUUCGCUUGCCUUUUGGCUGUUGCUGCUGCCAGUGGUGCUGGUGUCGUUUCCACCUAUGCUGCCCCCUCUGUUGUGAGCCCCUACAAUUAUGCUCCUCUCGCCUACUCCGGAUACAACUACCCCUAUGCCUCCACCUAUGCUUCUCCUCUGACUUAUUCUGCCUAUGGAUCCCCCUAUUCUCGCUCUCUGGCUUACUCCGGAUAUGGAGGAUACUCUGGAUACUACCCAUACACCGGCUAUGGUGGAUACAGAUACGUGUAUUAAGGAGUAUUUUUGAUACAACAUUGAGAGAUUACCAUCAUUCUCUCAACGUCACAAAACUCUACCUCAAGUGACAUACCUUUAAAGAAAAGAAAGCAUAUAGAUAUGCUAUCUUUCCAUCAAAAUAAAAUUAAUUCUCUGUUUUGGACUUCACAAUACCGAUCGCCAACAAAACCUCAAAAAAAAUGUAAAAAAACACGACCAAUAAAUUCAAAAAAUCGAUCUUAAUUUAACAAAAU